ACCUAGUGGGUGCGUUUAACUUGCAUUGAUUGUUUAACGCAGCUACACUAUCAAGCUAAGCAGAGGCGAAGAGAACAUUUUUGGUUAAAUGGCAACCUUUUUUGGAGAAGUUGUAUCCGCAUACUCGCGGGCUGUGGAAGAGGACGAAGAGGACGUGGACAAUGAAAAUGAAGAGGAUCAGCAAAUCCGAAAAGAGAUUGAACAGAAGAGGGAGGUCUAUGUCAGCUGGUGCCCGGAGGUUACACAGUCAAUAACAAACUCCCCUGACAAAACUUUACAGUGUUCAGAUUUUGUGAUAGCAGUGGGCCCUAAUGCAGCUGGUUUUCUCUCAGCCUGCAUUUUGAACUCUGGGAACUGGGUAGCAGUGGGCUCUGUGUCGCUCUGGAAUGAGAGGAGCAAGGACUCAAGCCGGCAGCCUGGCUGUGUGAUCUACAGACAAAGGGACUUCCCAAAGGUUUUAAUAUGCCAGUGUACCUGCUAUAUAGCCGAAGAUCAAUUAUUCCAAUGGACAGAAAAGGUGUUUGCCUGCAUUCAGCAGAGAGGUCUUAGCGUGAUGGUCCUAUCGGACUGCUCCAUGGCUGAGUACAAAACCCCAGACUCCCUGUUCAGCAGCGGAACCCCGUUCCUGCGAGCCCUAAAGACCAGUCGGUAUGGGAGCCAGCCAGCCUGCCUCCUGCUGGAGCAGCCGAAUAUUGUCACAGGUCUCGCUGCUGCAGUGCUUAGCCACUGUCAGGUUUGCCGGAUUCCUGCCGUUCUGUAUCAGUGCUACAGUGACAUCAUCAAUCCGGACUCUGUCACUAUGGAGACCUACAAACCUGCACUUUCUUGCCUGAGCAAGCUGAUCAAGCUGGACACCUGCCUGAGUACUGACAUCCUCAGGAAGUUGGUACCGGUCAAUGAAGCUCAAAGUAACCUCUACACCUAAGAAUGGAGAAAUGCUGUAUUUUUUAUUCUCUGAAAUCCGCAUCAUUCUUCCCUUGCUGUAUUUUUUAAAUUGAUGUUUAAAAAUAAAUGUGUAAAUAUGUUG